GAGAGAGAGAGAGAGAGAGAGAGAGAGAAAACCAUCGGAGCGGUAGAGGGUGAGGUCUGCCCGGCUCAGUCAGCUAAAGACAGGAAAAAUAAGCACUGCGGGGCUUUUUUCUGUCAUGAAGUGAGGAGCCCUGCUGGCCAUCUGCUCCGCAUCUGCUCCCUGUUUUCGCUGUUUCGGCGACAGAGUCUGAAAACUGAAGCGUACCGGAAUGGAGACCUGCCGCUGACGGAGAUUCCCGAGCUCUCCUGAUAACAACAGGUCUUAUCGACUGAACCUAUCUUCCUGUUAAAAAUCUUUAAGCAAACGACAAAGAGCUGGAGCCGAGACGAUCAAGCAUGGAUGUGCCCAGAAUGGCUGAGGGCCUCUUCAGCAGCACGCUGUCCUCGUCGGGUGGUGGCCAUCACGUGCCUUCCUACCUGACGCUGGAGCAGAAAGCUGCCUUUGUCUUCGUGUUGCUGCUCUUCAUCUUCCUAGCCCUUCUCAUCGUGCGCUGUUUCCGCAUCCUUCUGGACCCGUACCGCAGUAUGCCCUCAUCCAACUGGACAGACCACACAGAGAAAGACACAUUUGAUUACCGCAUUGUCUGAGGAACACAGAGGGUGCACAAAUUAAAAUAAAAUUAAAAAAUUAGAUGCAUAAAUUCGGUGUUCACAAAGCACUUCGGCCCUAAUUCAGCAAAUGGCUGCUGAUUGACCAGGAAAUUAACAGCUUUCAGAAAACCAACUGAAAGUUUGGACUGAAAAUACAUUCCACGGCAUAGUAUCAUUGCAAUGAGUGAAAACCAGAAUUCAACAGCUUCUCCCUGCCAAGCCAGAAAAUUCACAACUGUCCAAUUAUUGACCAAACCACAAACAAACAGGGCCCUCAGUCCAAGUGAUGCACCAGAGUCAGUUAUGGCUCACUCAUAGCUUUCCUUCCCCUGCCAUCAGUUAUAUUGUGGACUACCUCGCACCUCCUCCAUCUCCCAUGUGGAAGGACUCUCCCACAUCUCACACAGGGUCAAAUAUUAUCUGAGAUCCAAGCCACUUGGAUAAUAACAGUGUUUACAUCUUAUCAUGUUUACGUAUUUUUUUUAAUUUAUUGAUAAUGUAGACAAUCAGUGUUUAAAAUAGUUAAACAGAAAAAAAAACUAUUUGCAAAGUGAAUAGUUGAAUUCUUUUUUUGCGUAUUUUGUCUUAAUUUGUGAACAGGUGUGGAGGGUUCAAAAGACUUUCUAUGAGUGAUUUGAUUCAGACGAAGUGGAAUUCAAUGCCUUAUGUUUUUGUAAGAUAUUCUGAAAUGGUCUUCAACUUCUAUAAAGGAGGGGAAGGCCUUAAACAAGACUGGUAUCAAGGUUAUAAAGCAGGUUUAACAAUCACAAAGUAGAAAAUUGUGGUGGAAAGCUCCCUUUAAUGUUUAGGAUCAGUUUGGACAGACAGACAGAUGCCAGCAGUGAGUAACUAACUGUUCUGUGUGUGCAAUUAAAAAACAAAAAACAAAAAACAACAACAACAACAAAAAACACAACAAUUUGCUCUUUCAGUUAUGGAGGGGCCUUCCGUAUUCACGUCUUUAGAUGUCAACAACCAAAAGAGGUAUUGAAAAAAAAAAGUUUACUAACUGUGCUGUAUCCUGUGCCUAAUAAAAAAAUGUUAAGAUUGAUGUUUUAAGAAAAAGAAAGAAGGUUCAUACUUUGGUCUUUAAAUGUAGUUUCUGUUUUGCGUAGUGCCCAUUUAAAGAAACUUAAACAGCAUUUUACUGCCUGCAUUUGGUAUAUUGACAGUUGGUAUGCCAGAUCUGCAGAGAGUUGAUGGUGAAGAUAUCGCAUUUUCACAUCAAACCCUUUACAAACUGAUGUUGUGGCUCUUUCGUUGGGCAACUUUUCAACUGUGCGCCUUAUAGUGUAGAUUGUUUACAGUAUAGUAGGUAGCAGAGACACUGGAAAUGCUGGUGCAACAGUGUCUUUGCACUUCACAGAGAUGUCAUACAAACCACUAAAAAAUUACCACUAAAAAAAACACACACACACAAAAAAAACAAAGUUGUUCCCUGAGCUUGCUGUUACCAGGACAGCAAGUGAACUAUGACCGUUUUGAUGCUACGUGAUGUUCUUGUGAUCUGCUGUGGCCUUUUCCUACCUAAUGCAGAUGUUGUGCUGAGGUGCUGUUUUUCUUUUCUCCUUUUUUUUUCCGCAUGUAUUUUUUGCAGAGUGUCUUCUCCGUGCAUGAUAAAUGGUGAAAUGCUUUAAUCCUGAUGUUGUAGCUGUGGGUCUGUUGCUCAAGCAGCUAUUUUCUGUCUGUACUGGAGCCUUUUGUUUCGACCUGUUUUUGCUGGGAGCCACUGUUCUUUUUCUAAUAAAAAUGAUCAGAGUGCA